AUGGUUGAAGUUUUUGCAUCCAAAGGUAAUAAUUUAUUAACUUUAGUUGAUAAUUUGAAAUUAGCUAUUGCUUUAUCUGUUUAUACAAAUGAAACUUUAAAAUUACAUGGAGAAGAAAAGAAAUGUUUUUUAAUUGGUGAAAAUUUAAAAUUAGUUGAACCGAAUUCAAUUGUUAAAUAUUUAGCUAAAAAUUUUACCAAAGAUGAAUUUAUUGACUUUGAAGAAGAUGAAAUCUAUCCUAAAUUAAAGAAUAAAAAAGAUAUUGGUGAUUUGAAAACUCCUGAUAAAGUUGAACUUAAUCCAUCUCAAAUUAUUUUAUUUUCAUCAUUAUACCCUACGCUCAAGGAUUCUUCAAAUAAAUGGUUUAAUGAAUUCGAAUCACAAGUCACUAAAGGUAUUGAAAAUGGAUUAUCUAUAACUCAUCAAGAAAGAGCAAAAGAAGAACAUACAGGUAAACAAAAUUUCAAUUCAAGUUUUCAAGUUAAACCUCAAGAUAAAGCCAUCUUACCAAAAGAUGGUGAAAGAAACAUUUUAAUCACUUCUGCUUUACCUUAUGUUAACAAUGUUCCUCACUUGGGUAAUAUAAUUGGUUCAGUUUUAAGUGCUGAUAUAUUUUCAAGAUAUGUUAAAAAUAGAAAUUAUAAUGCAAUCUAUAUUUGUGGUACUGAUGAAUAUGGUACAGCAACAGAAACUAAAGCUUUAGAAGAAGGCGUUACACCUUACGAAUUAUGUACAAAAUAUCACAAAAUUCAUAAAGAAGUUUAUGACUGGUUUGAUAUCAAUUUUGAUUAUUUUGGUAGAACUACUACCGAAUUACAAACAGAAAUAGCACAAGACAUUUUUAUUAAAUUGUAUAACAAUGAUUAUUUAACUACAAAAACUAAUGAACAAUUAUAUUGUGAACAUCAUAAAUCAUUUUUAGCAGAUCGUUUUGUUGAAGGUACUUGUCCAAAAUGUCAAUAUGAAGAUGCAAGAGGUGAUCAAUGUGAUAAAUGUGGAAGUUUAUUAGAUCCUGAAGAAUUAAUUGAACCAAGAUGUAAAGUAGAUGGCACAAAACCAAUUAAGAAAUCAACAACUCAUGUUUAUUUGAAAUUAGAUGAAUUACAGGAACCAUUAAAAGAAUGGGUUGAUAAAGCAUCUGUUGAUGGUAGCUGGACUAAAAAUUCUAAACAAAUUACAAAUAACUGGAUUAAUAAAGGUCUUGAACCUAGAUGUAUAACUAGAGAUUUAAUUUGGGGAACUCCAGUGCCUUUAGAAGAAUUUAAAGAUAAAGUUUUAUAUGUAUGGUUCGAUGCUACUAUUGGUUAUGUAUCAAUUACUGCUAAUUAUUUUAAAGAAAAAAGUGAUUACAAACUUUAUGAACAAUGGUGGAAAAACCCUGAAAAUGUUGAUUUAUAUCAAUUUAUGGGUAAAGACAAUACUCCAUUCCACACUGUGGUCUUCCCAUCAUCCUUGAUAGGUACAAAAGAUAAAUGGACCAAGUUGCAUCAUAUCAAUACAACUGAAUAUUUACAAUACGAAGGUGGUAAAUUUUCAAAAUCGAGAGGUAUUGGGGUUUUUGGAAAUUCAGCCAAAGAAACUGGUUUAUCAUCAGAUGUAUGGAGAUUUUAUCUUUGUUCAGUUAGACCCGAAUCUAAUGAUUCUCAAUUUAGUUGGGAUGAGUUUGUUGCUUGCAAUAAUAACAUUCUUUUAGCUAAUUUUGGAAAUUUUGUCAAUCGUGUUAUUAAAUAUUUGCUGGCGAAAUAUAAUCAAGUAAUUCCAAAAUUUGAUUUAAAAAAUUUACCAGAAUUUGAAGCAUUAGAAUCAGAAGUUAAUAAGAUCUUAAAAGAAUAUAUUCAAGCUAUGGAAGUUGCUAAUUUAAGAAAAGGUUUAGAAUUAGUUAUGGCUAUUUCAGCAAAAGGGAAUCAAUUCUUACAAGAAAAUAAAUUAGAUAAUUCAUUAUAUUUGAAUAAACCAGAUAAAUGUGAUGCUGUUGUUAAUGUUGCAAUUAAUUUAAUUUAUUUAUUAAGUGCUACUAUUAGUCCAUUUAUGCCCGGUACUUCAAAACAGAUUCAAGAAAUGUUGAAUGCUCCGCCAUUAUCAAUUACUGAUAAGUUUGAAUUAGUUUUAUUACCUGGCCAUAAUGUUGGAAAAGCUCAAUAUUUAUUUAAAAGAAUUGAAGAGUCAAAAAUUGAAGAAUGGAGAAACUUAUAUGGUGGUCAACAAAAGAAAUAA